UCCCAAGAUCCCUUUUUUGGUCUUAAUAUUCUCGUCCCGUUUCCUGGGAACCUGUAGCGGAGCAGCAUUUCAAAGGAGGCGGAGCUCCUAUUCCUCUCGGACCUUUCCUCCCUGCCUGCUACAAUAUCGCAUUCUCUAACGAUGAUUCGAAGUCACUCUUCCACAUGCUGAUCGAGAAUUUCUGCAUCACAAGGUGCUGAUCAGGUAUUCAGAAGCACCCAUCUCAUAAUAGGCCAGUAAGCAAUGGCCACCAAGACUAGCAUCGAGCACAUCCUAGGAAAGACAGCUGAUGAUGGCCGCCUUAAAAUCGCAAAGACCAAGAUUAUUUGCACCUUGGGACCCAAAUCCCGGGAGGUGCCCGUUCUGGAGAAGUUGCUCAAAGCCGGCAUGAACGUGGCCCGGUUCAACUUCUCCCAUGGAACACACGAGUACCAACAGUACACUCUGGACAACCUGCGACAGGCCUGCCUAAACACUCAAACGAUGUGUGCAGUUCUUCUGGAUACCAAGGGACCGGAAAUUAGAACAGGCCAGUUGGCCUCUGGAAAACCUAUCCAACUGGUGCGUGACAAGGAAAUCUGGAUCACCACGGACUACACUCACUUGGGAGACGAGAAUAUGAUUGCCAUGAGCUACAAAAAGCUUGCAACAGAUUUGCAGCCGGGAAACAUCAUAUUGUGUUCGGAUGGAUCCAUCACGAUGACGGUUCUAGAGUGCGAUGUGGAGAAGGGGAUGGUGAAGUGUCGAUGCGAGAACACAGCCAUGCUCGGGGAGAAGAAAAACGUUAACCUGCCGGGGGUCGUUGUGGACUUGCCGACCAUCACAGAGAAGGAUAUCGAUGACAUCAUGACCUGGGGUGUUCCGAAUAAGAUUGAUUUCAUCGCAGCGUCAUUUGUUCGCAAAGGGUCAGAUGUCCUAGCGAUAAAGAAGCUAUUGGGAGAAGCGUCGAAGUCAAUUCAUAUCAUAUCCAAGGUUGAGAAUCAGGAAGGUCUGGUGAACUUCGAUGACAUAUUGAAAGAGACAGACGGAGUCAUGGUGGCAAGAGGGGACCUGGGAAUGGAGAUUCCUACGGAGAAGAUCUUUCUGGCCCAGAAGAUGAUGAUCUACAAGUGCAAUUCUGCAGGGAAGCCGGUGGUGACCGCAACACAGAUGCUAGAGUCGAUGAUCAAGUCUCCUCGGCCGACGCGUGCUGAAGCAACGGAUGUCGCAAAUGCAGUGCUUGAUGGGACGGAUUGUGUAAUGCUGAGUGGAGAAACAGCAAAUGGAUCAUACCCUGAACUAGCAGUGGCAGUGAUGUCCCAUAUUUGCCAGGAAGCGGAGGCCGCAUUGGACCAUGAAUCCAUAUUCAAAGAGAUCAUGAAGUCCGUUCCUUUGCCCAUGAGCCCCUUGGAGAGUCUGGCUUCCUCUGCUGUGCGAACGUGUGCGAAAGUGUGCGCCUCUCUCAUCAUUGUAUUGACUCGCGGAGGUAGCACUGCCCGACUUGUGGCAAAAUACCGGCCGUUUGUGCCAAUUCUGUCAGUUGCCGUUCCCGUAAUGACCACAGAUCAUUUGACCUGGACUUGCAGCGAGGAAUCUCCUGCUCAUCACAGCUUGGUCGUCAGCCGACGAGCUCUCGUUUGCAGGGGUCUGAUACCUCUCUUGGCCGAAGGCUCAGCAAAGGCUACUGAUUCGGAAUCAACAGAUGAUAUUUUGAAUGAUGCAAUUGGAUACGCACUGAAACGUAAGCUAUGUUUAGUUGGUGACUCUAUUGUGGCCCUCCAUCGCAUUGGUGUAGCAUCCGUGAUCAAGAUCAUGGAGGUCAAGGAACCAACACAUUCUUUCCCGAUGGUAUAGAAAGUUCAAACAUGGCAUUUAUUCACAAUUCUUUAGCUCAUUCUUCACUUUAAAUAGGUACUAAUUUGCGAUUUUGCAGCUACUAGAAGAAAGGUUAACUAUCAUGAUGAAGCAUGGAAGCUGAUAAAUGACCUUUCUUAGCUAUUUCACUUGUCAUUCUGACAAUAUAGCAAUUCACCCUUGCUUUUUUUCAUAAACUUCCUUCUUAGUAACGCAAUAACCUCGAUUCGUCUUCCUAGUUUUCAUCGACAGCGCUACCCACUAAUAAACAAUCGACGUUACUGAUGAAAUCACGCAAUAUUCAAGUAGGAUUAGUCACAGUACCAAUUGUGCUGUGUAUUGCUUGAAAAAUUGGGUGUUCGUCAGAAGGAGUCUGUCUCGAGGUUCAAGCUGCUAGUAAAGGUCGCUUAGAACAUUACAGCAAUGUCGAUGUAUGUCGGAUUUUGUGGCGGUUUUAAUCUACACAAUUUGGGGUAGAUAAUGCCAACAAGUACAAUAGUUUUUUAGUGCAUGGUUUGGUCAAACUUUGCAACCACAAUAGGUAUAGAUAUAUAGUGCAUCUAAUUGAAAAAUAGAAAUUAAAAAGUAUCUCAUAACAAUUGGUUUGAUUAAACUUGCAAGGACAAA